GAAAAGACCACUAGACUGGUAAUGACACGCUUCACUGAUCACACCAGCACAAAAUCAAACUCAGCUUUCACCUCCUACUUAAGCAGGACGCGACUCUGAUCCUCAGCCUACCUCAGAUCAGCACCUGUCCCUCUGAAGUCCUCGGGCUGCGGGUCUUAAAAUGGUUUGGACAGCUGCUCUCUUCUUUAUUGUCGUUCCACUCGUUAACUCAGCUUUUUGUAAUUUCCAGAAGACUACUGCUACGAUGAGCCUCAGUGUGAUCCUUAUGCAUGGGGAGACAUGUACCCGUCGUGUCACCCUUUGCUUGAAGAGCUCCACUCUCCCAUCAACCUGGACCACCAGAUGACCAGAAACCAGUCUCUGGAGUAUCUACAUCUGGAGGGCUUCGAUGAGAUCCAAACGGGCCACUGGACACUUAAAAACAAUGGACACUCUGUGGUGAUGGAGGUUGGCGGUGGCAUGUCAGUGAGCGGUGGAGGUCUGCCAGAUGUGUACCACACCAUCCAGCUGCACUUCCACUGGGGGGGCCCGGCUUCCAACGGAUCGGAGCACACGGUGGACGGACGCAGAUACCCGAUGGAGAUGCACAUAGUCAACAUGAAGUCCAUCCAUCCCAAUCUGACGGCGGCAUUAGACGAUCCAACAGGACUCGCUGUGCUUGGAUUCUUCAUUGAUGUUGUCUAUGCAGACAAUGUGCACUUUGGACUCAUAUCACAAAAGCUGUCGUCUGUCGCUUACAAAGGCCAGACGACUAAAAUCAAGCCGUUCCCGCUGAUGAACCUGCUGCCGAAGCACAACAUGAGUCAGUAUUACCGUUACUAUGGCAGCCUCACCACGCCCCCCUGCUCUCAGGUGGUGGUGUGGACUCUGUAUGAAGUCCCCGUCUACAUCUCAUGGUCCCAACUGGCUCAGUUUACCUCACAGAUAUUCUCCACAGAGGAGGAUGCAGAGCAGGUGACGCCUCUGCAGAGAAACUUCAGACACAUCCACUCCACCUUCGGACGCAAAGUGUCCGUGUCCAAAGAUGCCAAACUCCUCGCGGGGGCGGCCGGGCUUCCCCUCAGCUCAGCUUUGUCUCUGCUUCAAAUAAUUUUGCUGGGAAGCUUCAUCAUCUCUGGACUCUAACGCAACUUAAAAGGGAUAGUGGAAAUCCGCGAAUUUUGGGUUUAACUUAUGUAUUUGUAUUAAAAAUAAGCAUAAUAAACAAUUUUUUUUAAUUUCAUGCGCCUAGUUUCAUUUUAUUUUCAAUUUUACUGCGCCCUCUCAAUGAAACGAAAUACUUCGGGAAUCGUCGGGAAUCUUCGGAUGAUGACAAGAGCAGAGGAAGACGGGCACAAACAAUGGCGGACAUUCAAUAGCAUUUGCAUGUGAAUAGCCUACCUUUAUUAUGGUGAAUAGAUGUGUUUUGUAUGGCUGUAGUGCGACAGCAAAUGCAGAGAAUGGCGUAUCGACUCAUGCGUUUCCGAGAAACCCAGCCAUUCGUCGUCAGUGGGUGAAAAUUUUGUUCAGAAAUUU